GCCUUGUUGGAAGGCUGCACCACCAGCACUCCCCACACAAAGACACCUGGCCGAGUCCUGGGCGGCCGAAAAAAUGUCGACCCGCUAUCACCAAGCAGCGAGUGACAGCUACCUGGAACUUCUGAAGGAGGCCACCAAGCGCGAUCUGAAUCUCGCGGAUGACGAUGGCAUGACACCCACUCUCUUGGCAGCCUACCACGGCAACCUGGAGGCCCUGGAGAUAAUCUGCAGCAGAGGUGGGGAUCCUGAUAAGUGCGACAUCUGGGGAAAUACUCCUCUACAUUAUGCAGCCUCCAAUGGCCACACCCACUGCAUCUCAUUUCUAGUCAACUUUGGUGCCAACAUCUUUGCCCUAGAUAAUGACCUGAAGUCCCCAUUGGAUGCUGCUGCCAGCAGGGAGCAGAAGGAAUGUGUUGCUCUCCUGGAUAAGGCUGCCACCAUACAGAACACCACGAACCCCAAGAAGGUCACCCGACUGAAGGAGCAGGCUCUGAGGAAUGCCAGGAGACAGAUGAAAGAAUGUGAGCGACUUCAGGAGAGGCACCAAAACAAGAUGGCCCGCACCUACAGCAAGGAGGACUCGGGGACUCUUUCUUCUUUCCAUGGCACCUUCCCCAGCUCGUCGCUUUCCAAGGCUUCUGCUGGUGGAUUUGGGUCACUGUCUAAAGGCAUCAAAGAUACCUUUAAGAUAAAAUUUAAGAAGAACAAAGAUACCGCAGAGCAGGUGGAGAAGGAAGGCAGGAAUGGGCAGAGGCAUGUAAUGGAAGUGUUCAGAGAGGAGGAGGAAGACUCAUUUCCAGAGGACGUCAGAGAGAAGCUCCAGUUGUCAGCGGAGAAAGCCAGGGACGUACAACACGAGUCUAUUCUCAACCGCCCAGGGCUAGGGAGUAUUGUUUUUAGAAGGAACAGAGUACUGGACCUUGAGGACAUUGCAGACAGCAAGAGGGAGUUGGGGUUUAAAAUACCCAGUGACUUGUUCCAAAGACCAGGAGCAGCUGAUGAAGAGGAGGAUGAAGAGGGGGAGGCAAACAGUACUGCAGGUGACCUUCCUUGGGACGAAGAAGUAGAAUGGGAGGAGGAUGUGGUGGACGCCACCCCGCUGGAAGUGUUCUUACAGUCUCAGCAACUAGAGGAAUUCCUUCCCAUGUUCAUGAGAGAGCAGAUGGACCUAGAAGCCCUGCUGCUUUGCUCUGACGAGGACCUUCAGAAUAUCCACAUGCAACUGGGCCCCAGAAAGAAAGUCCUCAACGCCAUAGACAAGAGGAAGCAGGCACUCCGGCAGCCCGGGCAGCUGGUGGACACCAGCCUCUGAUGGAGGCCACUGGUGAGCAGGGUGACCUGAGCAUGUGGUCAUGCUGAGUUCCCUUGGGAGGACCACAGGAAGCACCCUGGACCUGAUCUUUGUCCAGUGAAAGACCUCUGGGUAUAGGUGUUGAAGUUUUAGAGAGGACCUUCAAAACAGAGGCCCAGACUCUGGGAGACAGUCUGUAUUCAAGUAAACCAUCAGUUAAAAAAUAAAAGUCAGGAGACCUUGGAACAAGAAAACAGUGUUUCUCUUCAUGAGUUUGCAGUCUGUCUAGACCAAAGGCUCUCACUGGUCUAAAGGGCAAAGCCCAACUUAAAUGGAUCUAAUCUUUUAACAGAUAUUUACAAGCAACAGGGUUGGGUUUCUAGUAUUCCUGUCUAAGAAUCAGGAGAGUGUAGUAGGUGGGGGGAUGGCAGAAAGAAAAUGUGGGGUGCCUAUUGUGGAAUGGAUUUCUAAAGUUCAUGUAUGGAAGCCCUAACCUCUGAGUAUUUUUGGAACUAGUACUUUAAAGAGGUGAUUAAGGUUAUGUGAGGUUAUAAGGGUGAGCUCUUAAUUCCACAUGACUUAAAAGAAAAGGAAGAUAAAUCAAGGGUGUGCUCACAUAGGAAGAAAAGAGAACAACAGGAAGACAGCUGUCAAUCAGCCAAUGAGAGUACCCCCAGCCCCCACCUCCCAGGAAAGUCAAACUUGACAAUAGUUUGGACUUCCAGCCUCCUGAGAUGCGAAAAAUCAAUUUCUGUUGUUUGAGCCAAUCUGCCUGCAGGGUUUUGUUAUGGCAGCCUGGGCUGACAAGUGUGACAUGUAAACAAGAGGGUAGAAAAGGGAGAGAGAGCAAGAAGGAUUCAGGAAAACAAUGCCUGUUCCAUUUUCACAGUCUUUCUAGAGGUUAAGCGCCUUCUGAGAUUUAAAAAGGGAGAGAAAAAGUUCAGUUUUCAGGAAGAUUGAUGACCAAAGUUAGUUUUACAUACCCAUGCUUGCCAUGCAUGCCUUCACUGUUAGUGUGUACCAGUGGUGCUGUUCUCUAGGUCAGUGCAUUUAUAGUGUAGAUCUUAGAUGUAGCCCCAAGACUCAGGUGCUAAUGGCUUUGCCAUCUGCCUGUGGAGCUAUGGGGGAAGAGGUAGACAUCCAUCCCCCAGGCAGGGCGUAGUAGAAGGAAGUUAGGUCAUUGAGGCAUGCCCUUGAAGUGGAUAUUGAGAUUCCAAAUAUUCCCUUUCUUUUCUUUCCAACCACCGUAAGUGAACGGGUUCCUCUGCCACAUGCUUCUAAUGGAUCCCCUUGCCACAGGUCCAAGCAAAGCCUCUGAAGUGAUAAAGUGAAACAAACCAUUCUUUCUUAAUCAUGAACAAAUGUCUAUUCCCCUCGGGAUAGGGCACCAAUGACAGACCAGAGAAACAGUUCUACCCUGAGUGAUGAUUCAUGUCCUGGGAGCGUCCUGGAGCUCCCUGCCUUAGGUUGUAGGCAGCUCCACCAAAGAGAACCUUUUCUCCAGAGCAACUGCUUUCACAACCUUGGGAGGGGGCUUGUGAAUCUUAUCAUUUUCAUAAGCUUCCUGAGCCUGGCAAAUUCUCUAUAGCUUCUCCAGUCUUCUGAAACUGUCUCCUCCCUCCAACAGGUAAUGUUUCAAUUCAGAGGAAGCAGCUACACGAUGGUUAUAUAAUCUCUAUAUAUUACACAAUGUAUAAAUAUGUGUGUGUAAUAGUUCCACACACCUAUAUUCCAUUUUACUCUAUUGUUCCUCUUCACUCUACACCUUUUUAAAUCCCCCCCCUCUCUCUCUCUCUCACACACACACACACAUCUAGAUUGUGCAUAUGAGAAGAAAAUAAUGGAUACUAGUCUUUCUGAGUGAGGCUUAUUUUCCUUAACAAUCCUUGGUUGGUUCCUGAAAAUAUAUUAAUUUCAUUUUCUACAGCUGAAUAAAAGUCCAUUGUGUAAUGUGCUA